CCUUGCCCCCCCGUAAUGUCGCCCAUGAUAUAACAUAUUAGUUAAUUUAUGGGUCAUGUGGUGAGGGAGGACAUGCAGGUGGCCGGUGUGACAGAGGAAGAUGCAGACAGGAAGAAAUGGAAACGGAUGAUCCGCUGUGGCGACUCUUAACGGAAGCAGCCGAAAUUGAUAGUAGUAGAUAUAAUAUGCAAGUGUAAGUUAUAAAUUAUUCGAUCAUAAUAAAACUGUAGUUGUGACAUACGUCAUUCCGUUUCUUUGUCUGUCUCUCUGUCUGUCUCUCUGUCACUGGGUGUGCUGGUCCCUCAGAGAGCUGUGUUUGCCAGCGGGCUUGUCGCCCACGCAGCGUUUCCAGGUAGCGGACCACGUGAUCGCUUACCGUCAGCGGCUGCAAAGGUGCUGCGCAGCAGGAAGUGCAGUCGGUGGCAGGUUGUCUGUCGCUGCGCUGAACUGUGGGUCUGUCGCUCCGCUGAACUGUGGUCUGUCGCUCCGCUGAACUGUGGGUCUGUCGCUCCGCUGAACUGUGGUCUGUCGCUCCCCUGAGCUGUGGGUCUGUCGCUCCGCUGAACUGUGGGUCUGUCGCUCCGCUGAACUGUGGUCUGUCGCUGCGCUGAACUGUGGGUCUGUCGCUCCGCUGAACUGUGGUCUGUCGCUCCGCUGAACUGUGGGUCUGUCGCUCCGCUGAACUGUGGUCUGUCGCUCCGCUGAACUGUGGGUCUGUCGCUCCGCUGAACUUUGUGAAAGUCGUAACUGUGCUUUGCCGUGUGAACAGCCGCCUUCAUGGAAUGAAUGUAGCGACAUUUAGGUGAUUUCAAGGCUGCGGGGAUAAGCUCCGUCUUUACAAUGAGACUGUGUGAAGUCGGCGCUCUGUGCUUCACGGUUCUUCACCUGUCGUCCUGUUUAAGGAUUGACGGAAGACCCCCUCAGCAGUGUUCCCAGAAGGGUUUGGGUUGUAAAGUUAGCACAAGUAACUGUUUAGAUAAAGACUGGCUGGUGAGGAGCAACUACACCCCCAGCGCCCCGGAACAUCUGGAGGUAGAAGUGGACACACGACCAGACCAGGCAGGAAACCUGGUUCCUGUGCUCUUCGCCCGCUGGGGAAUAAAAGAUGAUGGAAGUAUCCGCUUCUUGAAAGCCAGCGAGCUUCAAGUUCUAGCGCGGGCCACCAACCAGCAGCUUUGUGUGAGGUACUCUCUCCUGGAUUACAUGCCUAUGAGGAACCCCUCAGGAGAGAAGUGGUCUUUCACAGUAGACAUGGUUGAGGUUGAUCCUGGUCAAACAUACUGGGUAUCUGUUUUCAACCUUCCAAAACCAGAACUGAGGCACAGCAGUUAUGACAUCAGUCGAGAAGUCAGUGUUCCUGAUUGUGAAGAUUCUAGAAUGCAGAGGAGCAGGUUUUGUAUAGAGCGCGGAAGUCUUUGGCAGCCCAACAUAACCCUGACACACUUUAAUGGAUCCCAGGGCAGAUCUACGCUGACUGUGGUGUUCAACACGGAUGAACUCUCGGACAGUUACAAAGUUCUUCUUAAGUGCUCAACUUUCCAACAUUUUCAGGGCACAUACAAGAACAAUCAGACGUCACUAAAUGUAACCUUUAACCUUGAAGACUGGCCGAGAGCCUGCUGCAAUUUUACUGUUGAGAUCGAGCCAUUCCAUCUACAAUGCUACAAUGACUGUGUCCGGCGAAGUAAAAAGUUCCAUAUCUGUCCCACAAAUCCAGUACAUGCUCAUCUAAACUUCACUGCCUACAUAUUUGUUGCUCUGGGAGUGGUCCUCCUGUGUGUAUUGAUCGGAGGUGUUCGAUGUGUCUUCUGUAGGCCUGACAAAGCGCAACCUGGUGGUGUUCCACAAAAUAAUAAUGAAAGACAGCAGAGUUUACCAAACCAACAUCCGAAAGUGCUGGUCAUCUACUCCCAUGAUCACCACCUCUACAGGAACAUAGUGCUGAAGCUGUGUGCUUUUCUGAAGGCCAGGUGUGGCACGGAGGUGCUGCUUGACCUUCUCGACACCGCUUCUGUGGGCACCAUGGGCCGCCUGCGCUGGCUCGAGUGGCAGAUGCAGCAGCUCAACAAUCCUUCCGACAAAAUCUUGGUGCUGUGCUCACGUGGCGUACAAUUUAAAUGGAGAGCCAUGUGUGGUCAAGGGCAGAUCACACUGAGAGAAGAUGUCUUGUCUCCCACAGAUGACAUGCUCAUCCCUUUCUUCAACCUAUUUCUUCCUGACAUGCAUCUAGCACCCACAUUAGGUAAGUAUCUGGUGGCAUACUUUGAUGACGUGAGCAGUGAACAAGAUGUGCCAUCUAUUUUUGACAUUGCAGUCAAGUACAAGCUCAUGAAGCAUUUCGAGGAGCUGUACUUCCGUAUUCUGGACAUUGAGAAAUAUCAGCCAGAUCAGGUAAACUACAUUGAGGGGAUUGGUGGAGAUGAAUAUUUCAACUGUCCUUCUGGAAGAGCUCUGAGGAAUGCCAUUGAAACCUUUCAGGCCUACCAGAUGGAGUAUCCUGAUUGGUUUCAGAUGGAAUGUGUACACAAUGAGGAGGAUGUGAUGGCUGAGUCUGACCUCCUUAAUGGCCAGUUAGAGAUCCCUCCAGUCCUAGAGUAUAUUCCUCUACUCAGAGAAGGGCCUCCUGUCUAUAUUCAUGAGGUAGAAAUCAAUGAAAGCAAUGAUGGUGUUUAUACCGUAACCCCUGAACUUGACCUGACAAGUGAUAUCUCAGUGAUGGAACUUAUACCAAAAGUCACUGCAGAUUCUCAUCACAUAUAUCCAUUACACCCCCUAGUUGUCGCUCUGCCUGGAGUCAUCACAGAUCACCCAUAUCCUUUAAGCUAUGGUGCUGAGCCUUCUUUAAACAAGCCACUACAGCUGACACAACCCGGGUUCCACUUGGAAGAAAAAUCCCAAUGUCAGGAUUUUCUAAAAAAUGAAGGAGAGGGUUCUCUAACGAAUCUGAGCAAAGACUUGCCUGAAGGAGACCAGAGACUUGUGGCACUCCAGAAAUGUAGCAGCUCAAACCCUAAUGCAAUGGCCUCAGUCGCUGUAAAGGUGGAUGCCUUCUCCCCACCGGAAGUCAGAAAGUCUGAGCGUGUGGAGUUGGAAAAGGAAGGGAGCACAGAGCCUUCUGGGAAAGGCCCUAACAGUGGAUCUGAUCAAGGCUACAUUUCAGAGAUGCCAUCCCAACAUGCAUCCGCUCUUGUAGAACAUGAUCCUCUGGUGGUUCUGGCAAGGCUGCAGGAUGAGCUGUUUCAGAAAAAAUGCAAAAUACCCACGAAUAUGCCCUGAAGCAUCUUAUGGUGUAGCUGAAAAGUGAUUUCUCCUCUAUAACAUCAGGAGAUUUCUCCUCUUUAACAUCAGGAGAUUUCUCCUCUUUAACAUCAGGAGAUUUCUCCUCUUUAACAUCAGGAGAUUUCUCCUCUUUAACAUCAGGAGGAUUCGCCCAUUCGUCACCGACGAGAUGGCACAAGUGCUCAUCCAGGCUCUGGUCAUCUCCCGGCUGGACUAUGACUACUCCCUCCUUGCUGGCGCCCCGGCGUCAGCCAUCAGACCUCUGGAGCUUGUUCAGAAAGCUGCAGCUCGUCUGGUGUUCAACCUCCCUAAGUUCUCCCACACAACUCCCCUUCUCAUGUCCCUACACUGGCUCCCAGUAGCUGCUCGCAUCCAGUUUAAGACUCUGGGGCUAGCCUACAGGGCAGUGAAAGGAACAGCUCCUUCCUAUCUCCAGGCCAUGCUCAAGCCCUACACCCCCACCCGACCACUUCGCUCUGCUGCCUCGGGACACCUGGUUGCUCCGUCGCUCAGAGGCCCCUGCUGCCGAUCGACCCGGUCACGGCUCUUUUCUGUCCUGGAACCACAGUGGUGGAAUGAACUCCCCACUGAUGUCAGGACAGCGGAGUCGCUGCCCAUCUUUCACCGCAGGUUGAAAACUCACCCUUCAAGAACUACUACCCUGUUACUUGUUCUUAGCACUUAUUGUAUUCACUCAUUAAAAAAAAAUCUCUUUCUGCACUUUUACUUUAGCACUGGUUUUGCUCUUAGAUGCUUGUUUAGAUGCACUUAUGACCGUCUGAUGACUAGUAGUUCUCCUGAUUUCCUACGUUAAAUGAUGCUCUUAUUGUAAGUCGCUUUGGAUAAAAGCGUCGGCUAAAUGACUGUAAUGUAAUGUCAUGUAAUGUAACUAAUAACUAAAUGCAGCCAUGAUCACUAGUGUGGUGUCAGUUGUGUACUGUACCAACAGAGUCAUUAAUGAAGUUGUGACAUUAUACAAGAGACUUUUUGUACAGAAUUUUGGUUAGAUUUAUUUGUGUUCAACCACAUACUACCACAGUAUCUACAGUACAUAGAUUUGUUUAUAUCUAUAGAUAUGUACUACUAUUACUACUACUAUACCACUAUACCACCAAUGCCAAUUAGAUCUGUAGAUAAACUACACACAUUUUUACAGGUAGAAUCUCUGUACACAUUACCUAGAAUGUAUACAUAAAAUAGGCUUUCUGUAAAGGAUUUUGGACAAGAUGAUAUAGAACCAGGACAUGUGAAAGUCUUCAUGUUGGACAGACCUUCUGUUCCCUCAUAAGUACGUAAACAACUGAAUCUGUGAGGCCGUAUUGAUCUGGAGUCCUUCAGUAGUCCAUGUUAAAGACAGCAGUGUCCUUUGGUCGUAUUUGUGCGAUGCUGCGGUUUGCUUGUGUAAGAAGUCCAGUAAGCCUGGUGCGACUCCAAAUAAACACUGUAACAGACCUUUUUUAACAGCACUGAGUUACAUGAUGCAAACAUUUGUUACCUGCAUGAGAAAAUGCUAGAAAAUAGUAUACAUGUUUAAACACUUUGGCACCAUAUGAUAAGCAACAACCAUCGAAAAGCUCUUCCACCCUCUCUGUGCAAUUCAUCUUUGAUAUGAAGCCAGGCGUUCCAUCGGAGAGCCGUGAACAACAUCUCGUGUGUCCAAACUUCUCAGGAGCACUGUGUUGGACUGGGAUUCAGCGUCUUUCUUAAGAACACUUCAGCAAGGCAGAUGGGGGGACUUGAACCUGGGUCUUUAAUUCGACAGGUGAUCUUUCUACUUAGCAAGUCUCCCCGUUGCUUGGUACUUAUGUGCCAGCACUGU